AUGGCGCCUUCCGUAGUCCCGCAGUCAUUGGCGGCUGGAGCUGCCCUCCAAGCCUCCACCGAUGACCAGCUGACCAUCGAGAUGCUCGGCGCAGGUCAAGAGGUCGGUCGCUCCUGCUGUGUGCUCAAGUACAAGGGUAAGACCAUCGUCUGCGACACCGGUGUCCAUCCUGCCUUUACCGGUAUCGCAGCUCUGCCUUUCAUCGACGAGCUCGACUGGUCUACUGUCGACGCUAUUCUCAUCACCCAUUUUCAUCUCGACCAUGCCGCCGCUCUCACCUACAUCAUGGAAAAGACCAACUUCCGUGACGGUCACGGCAAAGUAUACAUGACCCAUCCUACAAAAGCUGUCUACCGCUUCCUCAUGUCCGAUUUCGUCCGUAUCAGCAACGCUGGUAACGAAGACCAUCUCUUUGAUGAAAAUGAGAUGCUUGCAUCCUGGCGACAGAUUGAGGCCGUCGACUUUCACCAGGACGUCUCCAUUGCAGGUGGUCUCCGCUUCACUGCUUAUCAUGCCGGCCACGUCUUGGGUGCUUGCAUGUUCCUCAUCGAGAUUGCAGGCCUUCGCAUCCUCUACACGGGUGAUUUCAGUCGCGAAGAAGAUCGUCAUCUGGUCCAAGCAGAGAUUCCACCUGUCAAACCUGACGUACUCAUCUGCGAGUCCACCUACGGCACACAGACACACGAACCACGACACGACAAGGAACAUCGCUUUACUUCUCAGAUCCAUCACAUCAUCAAGCGCGGUGGUCGUGUCCUCUUGCCAGUCUUUGUGCUUGGCAGAGCUCAAGAGCUACUUCUCUUGCUCGACGAGUACUGGGCUGCACAUCCCGAGCUGCAAAGCGUACCCAUCUACUACGCCUCGGCUCUCGCCAAGAAGUGUAUCUCGGUCUACCAAACCUACAUUCACACCAUGAACGAUCACAUCCGCACGCGCUUCAACCGGCGCGACAACCCUUUCGUCUUCAAGCACAUCUCAAAUCUUCGCUCGCUUGAAAAGUUCGAGGACCGCGGUCCAUGUGUCAUGAUGGCCUCACCAGGUUUCAUGCAGUCCGGUGUGUCACGCGAGCUCCUCGAAAGGUGGGCUCCUGACAAGCGCAACGGUCUCAUCGUCUCAGGUUACUCCGUCGAAGGUACUAUGGCCCGCAACAUCCUCAACGAGCCGGACGAGAUCAUCGGUAUGAACGGUCAGAAGAUCCCACGACGCAUGUCAGUCGACUACAUCUCCUUCUCUGCUCACGUCGACUUUGCGCAGAAUUCACGCUUCAUUGACGAGAUCAAGGCGCAACAUAUCGUGUUGGUACACGGAGAGCAGAACAACAUGUCCAAACUCAGAGCUGCAUUGCAGGCCAAGUUCACUGCUCGCGGUUCAGAUACAAAGAUUCACACACCACGCAACUGUGAACCACUUGUUCUGCAGUUCCGUGCUCAGCGCACAGCUAAAGCCAUCGGCGCCAUCGCUGCCAAGCCACCAGCACAAGGCGACGUCGUCGAUGGAUUGCUCAUCAGCAAAGACUUUGCCUACACCAUCCUCGACCCGAAGGACCUCACAGAUUUCACUGGUCUCUCUACCAGCACAAUUGUUCAGCGUCAACGCGUAGCCCUCGCCGUCAGUUGGGAUAUGGUCCGCUGGCAUCUUCAAGGCAUGUACGGUCGACUUCAGGAGGGCGUCGACGCCGACCAGGGUUUGCGGACGCUUAGGAUUAUGGGUGCUGUCGAUGUCCGGCACAGCGCUCGUCACGAGCUGCUCGUCGAAUGGGGCAGCAGUAUCGCAAAUGACAUGGUCGCCGACAGUAUCGUCGCGCUUCUGCUCGGCAUCGACAGUGCACCUUCCAGCGUUAAGAUGACCAUGCACAGUCACAACCAUCAUCAUCACCAUCAUCACCAUCAUCACGCAGGAACGAAAGUAGAGGGUACAGGUGAAGAGGCGGAUUUGACAGAAGAUGAAGAAGCAGUCACACCCCCAGAGACAUCGGAAUCCUUCCCAGCUCAUCCUUUCUCGGAGACGGCUCUUGUGACAGAGAGCAACGCCAAAGCUCAAGCCUCAAAGGAUGAGGCAAUCCGGCAAGACGCAUAUCAGCUAGCCAAGAUGGAGCAUAUGGCUGCUUUUCUCGAAGCUCAUUUCGGCCAAGUCGAGGAGCUCAUCAUCCCUGAAGCACCCAGUACAGAAGAUGCCAAGGAAGGUAAGCAGCAAGGCACCGCAGCAGACGAAAGCGCGGCUGGUGAGGCGGCACAGAAAGACGACGCAGCAGAUGCAGCGAUGGCUGCCGUCAAGCCUGACCCAGGCACAGCUGAAUCAGAAGCACCUACAGCAGCCGAGACCACUGAUGGCGAAAAGCACUCUUCAGCCGAGCCAGCAUCACUUCCACCAGUUUCAAUAGCCUCGUUCUUUGAUGGCGAGAUAAGACCCGCCCUUCGAGUCUACUUGGACGAAGCAGAAGCAGUCGUCGACGUACAGAACCUCGUCAUCCUUGCUUCUUCCGAGUCUUUUCGUACACGUGUUCAGCAUCUCUGUACGCUUGCACUGCGAUCCUUCACCUCCUUGUCGGACGCCUUCCACCUUCCGCAACAGAUAGGAACAUCACUGUUCCAGGGAAAGCACAGCCAGCUCGCCAGCAUUCCAGAGUUUGGCGAUGAGAGACCAUCCAAGAUGAUCCGCUCGUCCUAA